GGAUAUUCGUAGAAAAUGCCCUUUUUCCAACGGGAAGCUAGUCAAUAAACCCAUUUUUUGGCACCGACACCACUCCCUCUCACCUAUUCUAUCUAAUAAUCCUCUAAGACAGCCAUGUUGUUCCCCCGUAUCGUCCCAGCCUUCCUCCUGACUCUGCCUCUCCUUGCAUACGCUGGGGAAACCGGUUGCACAACCGGAGAAGUCCAGUGCUGCCAACAAGUCGAGAGUGCUGACUCUGAUAUUGUCUCGACCCUCUCCGGCCUUCUAGGUAUCGCUCUGGGAGCUCUCGGUCUCAACGUUGGUAUCACCUGCUCCCCCAUCAGCGUCAUUGGCGUCGGAGGCAACAGUUGCUCUGCUCAGACAGUUUGCUGCUCAGGCAAUACCUUUAACGGUCUUAUUGCCCUUGGUUGCACUCCCAUUAACAUCGGCCUCUAAAGAGUUGGGGAAUCUGUGUAGUCGUCGUAGUUGUUUCAUUGGGAUAUAGGGAUCGUGAUCUUAGUUAGAUUUCCGUUCUUGAUUUUGACGUCCCGUGUUAUUUCCUAAAUGAACCAACGGACUAUUUUCUUGGAUAAAA